AUGCGAGCAGAGUUCAACGGCUGCCGUGACAUUUCAAAGGCAACAAUCGCCACCAUCGCCCAAUUCCUCUGGAAGAGACGCUCUCACCCUCUGCGCUCAAUACCAGGACCCUGGAUCAAUAGCUUGUCCGAGAUCCCUGCGGCGUUGGCUCUGGUCAAGGGCGACCAGCACAUUUACUACAAGUCUCUGCAUGAGAAAUAUGGCCGUGUGGUUCGCGUCUCGCCCAAUGAGCUCAGCUUCCUUAGCACGGAAGCGCGACAGGAGAUCUAUGGUUUGCGGAAAGGUGGACUGAACAUGGAAAAAAGCCCCAUCUUUUUGGGGGCGGUGGGUGCGGUGGGCGGAGAGACGGGCGUGAGCCUUGCGCUCAACGCAGACCACACUCGACAGCGGCGGGCGCUGGGCUACCUCUUUACAAAUAGCGCGCUGCUCAGGUUUGAGGCGUUGAUGAAGCUGCAGGUGCAAAAGUUCAUCGCGGUCAUGGAGGAGAAGACGCUAAAGAAGGAGCCGGUGAAUGUUGCCAACUGGUUUACUUAUCUUGCAUUCGACAUCAUGGGUGAUCUCUGCUUUGCAGAACCGUUUGGAUGUCUGGACCAGGCCGCCAACACGGAGUGGUCCACCUCGGUCAUCAACGUCUUUGUAUCGGCCACCUGGACCCAAGGCAUCCGCAGGCUGUCCGGAACGGGGACUUGGCUCGAAUCCCUGAUGACGUGGCUGCUCGUGCCAGCCAAGGCGGCCGAGUGGAGAAGGACGCAUCUCAACAACUCACGCGAGAGGACGCUACGGCGGCUCGCGUCCUCGGAGCAGGACCACGCCGACUUCAUCUACCACAUCCUCAACAGCGAGGGCAAGAGCACCCUGAGCCACAACGAGGUCAUACUCAACGUGGCCCUCAUGAUCAGCGCCGGCACCGACACGACGGCGACGGCCCUGACCGGCUGGACCUAUUUCGUCUGCACGCACCCAGAGGUGUACCAAAGGCUGAUUGACGAGGUCAGGGGUGGGCUGCCGACAGAGGACCACAUCCGGUGGGAAAACGUCCGCAAGAUGAGCUACCUCGAAGCGACCAUACACGAAGCCCUCAGGCUCUACCCGCCCUCACCGGCAAGCCAGCAGCGCGUCGUCCCCCGGGGCGGAGCCACCAUCGACGGGUAUUUUGUACCCGAGGGGACGACCGUCGCCGUUCCGCCGUGGGUGUCGACGCACUCGGAGAUGCACUUUUACGACCCCGAGUCCUUUAGGCCAGAGAGGUGGCUGGGCGAGGAUGACAAGUAUGCCAGGGACGACUUCAACGCCUCGCUGCCCUUUGGGACCGGGCCUCGCGUCUGCAUUGGCAGGAACCUGGCCUACAUGGAGAUGCAACUCAUCACUGCCACUCUGUUGUGGAAUUAUGACCUCGAGCUGGAUAGAGAAAAAUACUUGGACGUGAAUUCGGUCUGGGGCUUGGAUGGCAACAUGAAGCGCAUGAAGGUCUUUCACUCCAUGACCAAGCCGGACCUCUGGGUCAAGUUGAACAAGGUCCGGCAAUGA